AAUAUCCCUCCUCACCUGUCAUGACUUGAAAACAGAAUAAUUCCAGUAUCAAAAAUGGCACCUGGCCUUAACUGACCUGACCUGACCUUGUUCAUGCUUCCCUCUUCCCUCGCUUUCUCUCUACCCUUAAUUGAUGCAGUCUGCAUUCUCCGAUCCCUUCGUCGUCACUCCAUAGAGAUCAUUGAUUUGAUUUCUCCGAGUACGGUACAGUGCAGGAUUGGUUGUAUGUAUAGAUUCGAUUAGAUUAGAUUAGGGUAAUGGCGAUGAAGACGACGGCGGCGAGGUCUCAUCGGAAAUUGUCUAUAAACAAGGUUUUGGAAAGAGUUGGGGUUGAGGGAUUUGUGAUGAGUGGGAACUACAGCCCUAGCCAGAAAAGGUUCAAAUCGAACAAUAAUAAUUAUUAUUAUUCGUUGGAAGAGGAAGGGGAAGGGAGCGAUAUAAUAAUGGAAAUGGAGCAGAUGGGUGCUGCAAAGACGAAGAAUGUCCUGAUUCUGAUGAGCGACACCGGUGGCGGGCAUCGCGCCUCGGCGGAGGCCAUUAAGGAUGCGUUCGAGCUCCAAUACGGCGGGGAGUAUGAAUAUGAGGUGUAUGUGAAAGAUUUGUGGAAGGAAUACACAGGCUGGCCCUUGAACGACAUGGAGGCUCAAUACAAGUUCAUGGUGAAGCAUGUCCAGCUUUGGAGCCUUGCAUUCCAUGGCACUUCCCCUAGAUGGAUACACUCCCUCUACCUUGCUGCCGUCGCAGCCUUCUACGCCAAGGAGGUGGAGGCUGGUCUAAUGCAAUACAAGCCGGAUAUUAUAAUCAGCGUCCAUCCGCUUAUGCAGCAUAUACCUCUGUGGGUGCUCAAAUGGCAGGGGCUGCUCAACAAGGUCAUCUUUGUUACAGUCAUUACCGACCUCAAUACUUGCCACCGGACAUGGUUUCAUCCAUGGGUUGAUCGCUUGUACUGUCCGUCACCAGAGGUGUUGAAGAGGGCAUUGGUAGAUGGCCUUGAUCAAUCUCAAAUUCGCGUAUUUGGCUUGCCUAUUCGCCCCUCUUUUUGUCGUGCAAUUAUAUCAAAGGAUGAUUUGCGGGUAGAACUUGAAAUGGACAGAGAAUUGCCGGCCGUUCUGCUGAUGGGCGGGGGAGAAGGAAUGGGCCCUGUCGAGAAAACUGCAAAGGCUCUUGAAAAAUCCCUUUACAAUGCCGAUUCCAAUGCUGCAAUCGGACAAGUGGUCAUCAUUUGUGGUCGUAACGCCUCCUUAGCUGCCACAUUACAAUCUCACCACUGGAAAAUCCCUGUCAAGAUCAGAGGAUUCGAGAAGCAGAUGGAGAAAUGGAUGGGCGCUUGUGAUUGCAUCAUUACUAAAGCCGGACCGGGUACCAUAACGGAGGCCUUGAUAAGAGGCCUCCCGAUUAUUCUCAACGACUACAUUCCUGGACAGGAGAAAGGAAAUGUUCCAUACGUCGUCAACAAUGGCGCAGGCGUAUUCACGAGAAGCUCCCAAGACACAGCAAGGAUCGUGGCUGAAUGGUUCAGCACAAAGGCAGAUGAACUUAAGACAAUGUCUGAAAACGCCCGCAGACUUGCUAAACCGGAUGCAGUGUUCGACAUUGUCAGGGACAUUCACGACCUGUCGUGCCAGCGUGGCUCUUCCCUUUCAAACAUUCCAUUUGCAGACAUUAAUUCAUCAUUCUCCAGCUUCAUCUACUAGAUUGCUAAGAUUGGCUUAGCCUUCCGGUGCUUGUACAUAAGGUGUUAAGAUAAUAGCUGGUCCAAAAUCUUUGUUUUUUUUUUUGUAAUCAAUUGAAAGGCUAAUACCAAGUGUGUGCUUAUGUUGUAUUCUUUGUAGUAAGCUUGUGUUUGGUCUGAUUUUCUGGACUUAGAAUUUGUUUACCAAAGUUUUGGAAUGAAGUUGAAUGUAAGUUUGGACAUGAGGCUUUAAUUUCCUUGUACCAUCAC